AUGAGCUGCGAGAGUUUGCGCAACAAGGAGCAGACCUUGAUUCCUCCCGUUGAGCCCCCGCCGCAGCCAUCUCGCAGCCCUGGUCCCGGUAACCGCGCGAUCAACAGCAGUUCCCCCCGACCGCCGCCUUCGUACCGCUCCACCGCGAGCACCUACAACGCCAGCCGCGAUGGCGACCCUUACAACGGACCCAGCAGGUCUGGGUCCUCCGGGUACAAUGACCCUCCGUCCGACAUGUUUCCUCCUCAGACGCAACGGAGCUACAGCCGUAGUAACGGUGUUGGCGAUCCGUACGCCCGCGGUGGCAAUGUUGAUGCCGCCCGAUCGGAGUUGUUCUCCGGUUAUAACGCUGAGAAAGCCGGUUCUGGUCGCUUCUUCAAUGACGCUCCGGGCCCUCGCGCGAUGAGGGAUGUCGCACCGGGCGAAGAACAAGACGAGGACGUUGAGGGCAUCAAGCAGAAUAUUCGCUAUACCAAGCAAGAGAGCGUGAACUCCACACGUAAUGCUUUACGUCUUGCCCGUGAGGCUGAGGAGACGGCUCGUAAUACGAUGCUCAAGCUUGGCGAUCAAUCUGAGAAACUUGCUAACACGGAGCGCCACCUUGAUGUCUCGAAGGGUCACCAACUUCGCGCUGAAGAUAAGACGGAUGAGUUGAAGAAGUUGAACCGAUCGAUCUUCCGUCCUGCUAUCACGUUUAAUAAGGACGCCAAGCGCGCCGCCCAAGAAGCUAAGCUUCAGCAGCGAUACGAUGAAGAUCGUGAGGAGCGCGAGAGAGCAAUGCUUGACAUUCGCGAAACUCAGAACAGACUCGGCCGUGCUGCGACGUACGGCCGCGGUGACGAGGACGAGGAAGCUAUAGGCGGGGGAGGUCUUCGUAGCCGCAUGAGGACCGAGGAGCAACAGGCACAGCGGAAACAGCAACGGGCUCGUUACCAGUUUGAAGCCACUGCCUCGGAUGACGAGAUGGAGGAUGAGCUGGACGACAAUCUCGAUGAGAUUGGUGAGGCGGCGAAACGCCUCAAGGCGCUUGGCCUGGCUAUGGGUCAGGAAGUCGACAACCAAAUCGGUCGUAUCGGCCGCAUCGAGGAGAAGACGACAUCGCUCGAUAACCGUGUCUACCGGAACACUGAGAGGCUCAAGCGCAUCAAGUAGUCUUAUUUACCUUGGCUGGUUCCUUGCAUUCCAAUGUGGCCGGUUCUUGUGAUGUACGCGGAUUCGUUAUGGAUGGAUUAUCUUUACAUGUGGGGUAAUCACCCGAGGCUUCGAUGCUUUGUAUAAGGGAUUAAGGGUGCAAAUAAACAUAGCCCCGAAAC